AUGUAUCAAGCUACGUCUACCAAAAACGUAGAAUCUUCUUCUUCUUCUUCGCAGCCUCCUCAACAACAAAACCAGCAACAAAAUGCUCAUGAACAAGAACAGGAGCAACAUGGUGACACGUGUAGUAUUCCUCCCGCGCAGUCUGGAAACGCAGACUCUCGUUCCCGUGGCAGCAGCAACAACAACACGUCUCAUAAGUUUUCUUUUAACACAGGUCUUGGGUGGACAUCUUGGAAGAAAAGAUGGUUUAUCUUGACGCGCACUUCACUUGUUUUCUUUCGUAGUGACCCGAGCGCAGUUCAACAAAGAGGCGGUGAGGUCAAUUUAACCCUUGGGGGAAUUGAUCUCAACAAUUCAGGCAGUGUGGUUGUUAAGGCAGAUAAGAAGCUCUUGACAGUUCUCUUCCCUGAUGGCCGUGAUGGACGUGCCUUUACACUUAAGGCUGACACUAUGGAGGAUCUACAAGAGUGGAAAACUGCUCUAGAAAACGCUUUGACACAAGCACCUAGUGCUUCCCAUGUCAUGGGUCAAAAUGGUAUCUUCAGGAAUGAUCAUCCACCAGAUGCCCCUGCAGCCGAUGUUGAUGAACAAAAAGAGGAGACACCAACAAAUUUGACUGUCAUUGGAAGACCAGUAUUACUUGCUCUAGAAGAAGUUGAUGGAUCUCCAUCUUUCUUGGAAAAGGCUCUUAGAUUUGUUGAAGAUCAUGGAACCAAGGUAGAAGGAAUCUUGAGACAGGCUGCUGAUGUUGAUGAUGUUAACCAUCGGAUUCGUGAAUAUGAGCAAGGGAAAAAUGAGUUCACUCCCACGGAGGAUGCUCACGUUAUUGCUGAUUGUCUUAAGGUACACGCCACUACAAUUCAGCUGAGUUAUCCUUUUGGCUCUUUAAAUCUCUCUCUAAUUGUAUUCAUAAAUGCGCAGACUGUUCUAAGAGAGAUGCCAUCCUCUCCAGUGCCUGCAUCUUGUUGCAACGCCCUUCUUGAAGCUUGCCGUGACCGUGGCCAUAGAGUCAAUGCCAUGCGUGAAGCCAUUUCUGAAUCAUUCCCAGAACCAAAUCGUCGCCUUCUGCAAAGGAUUCUGAUGAUGAUGCUGGUUGUGGCCUCUAACAAAAACGUGAACCGGAUGAACACAAAUGCUGUUGCAGCUUGUAUGGCACCUCUACUACUUCGACCUCUUCUCCAUGGUGACUGUGAAAUAGAAAAUGAUUUUGAUGUCGGUGGUGAUGGUUCUAUGCAACUUCUGCAAGCAGCUGCUGCAGCUAAUCAUGCACAGGCUAUAGUGAUAACACUAUUAGAAGAAUAUGACAGCAUCUUUGGUGAAGGUUCCUUAUCAGCUGGCUUGUACUCUGACUCAGAAGAGAGUGGUAGUGGAAGCGAGGAGGGAUCAGAGUAUGAUGAUGAUGAUGAAGAGUAUGAUGAUGAUGGUACACAGGGAUCUGAUGAAUACACUGAUGAGGAAGAGGACCUUGAAAAUGAAUCUGAAAGAUCAUACAGUGAGAGUGAAGCCUCUGUCGACCAUCAUCAUGGAAAUAACAUUAGUCCUAAUGAACUCAAAGCACGUGAUACUUUAAGCUCUGAAUCCAAAUCGCCAAAAGGAAGUAUGAAGCCUCAAAUCACUAAGAAGCUUUCAUCCCACUCUAACCGGUCUUCACUACCACGGCAUGAUGAUUCAAAAAAGGAUGAGAACAUCCUUGUUAAAGGUUCAGAUAACAAAGAUGUAAAGGCUGUUGAUGUCUCAAAAGGUGUGGAUAAAAACUCAUCAACAUCAGAUGUGGCUUCUGCUAUGAAGGAACCGUCUACAUUGUCCAAUGCAGCAGGAGAAAGUAAAAGGAACUGGGGCCGUGCCCAUGGGAAGAGAAACCUUUCCAUGGAAUCUAUUGAAUUCUCAGCUGAGUUGGAAGAGGACAAUGCUGAUAUUGAAAGACUUGAGACAACCAAAUCAGAGCUAGAAAACAAAAUUACAGAAGAGGUUAAAAGCAAUGCAGUACUACAUGCUAGUUUGGAGAGACGAAAGAAGGCUUUGUAUGUGAGGCGUGAAGCUCUAGAGAAAGAUGUGGAAAGACUACAAGAACAGUUGCAGCAAGAGAAAGACAAGAAAGCAGCUUUGGAGUCAGGACUGAACAUGUCAAAAGGGAAUAGACCUAUUCCAGAAACAACUGAUGUAAAGUUGAACAAAGAUCUGCAAGAAGUAGCUCAAGCAGAGGAUGAUAUUAACAACUUGGAGCACAAGGUUGAUGAUCUUGAAAAUAGACUUGGUCAACAAGACAUGAAAGCAUCUGGUUCAACGCAUGGUGGCAAGAAAGAAUCUCGGAGAAGUCCAGAGCAUAAUGUAAAAAUGAAGGAGAAACAAAAGGAUACAGAAGCCGCCACUACUCAAACAACCCUCAAGGAAGGGCAGGGGGAUGCAAGAGGAAAUGAGAUAGAGAAGCAACAAGAUCCACGUGGCAAAAGCUCGCAAAAGGUUGCGGCCACGUCUAAGAGAUCUGGCUCAAAGGGAGAGCUGAGAGUACAAACAGGGAAACACAACAACAACAUCUGCACUUUCCAAAUUGACAAUGAGACUCAACUUCCUGAAGGAGAGACGGAGUCAGAUAGCUAA